AAAAGAAGAGGGGAUGAGGGCGCUCCCAGCAGCCUCCCAGGUCCGAGUGAGUCAGGGCACAAACUUUACGCACCAGUUUUCUACCGGAGCGCAGCAGCACUGAACGAGCACAGAACCCGAGGCUGAAAGACUAACUUAUUACUCAUCUGGAGUAAAAUUUCGCCAGAAGCGAAGAUCACUUUGAGGAACUAACUUGGAAUACUUCUUCUUUUUUGUGUGUAUUUUUUUAAAUGCAAAAUGAAGAUUCAGAAGGCAACGUUGUUUUUAUGUUGGGUGACUCUGUGCAUGGAUUUCUGUCUCAGCCAGAAAGACUGCACAGGAGUGGACUGUCCUGUUCCUCAGAACUGCCUUGAAACGGUUCUGGAGGAAGGUGCCUGCUGUCCCACCUGCACACAGACGGGCUGCACCUGCGAGGGUUACCAGUACUACGACUGCAUCCAAGCAGGUUUCCGGAAAGGGAAAGUCCCGGAGGGGGAAUCUUACUUUGUGGAUUUUGGAAGCACCGAAUGCUCCUGUCCCCAGGGAGGGGGGAGAAUAAGCUGCCAUUUUAUCCCGUGCCCAGAAAUUCCCCCCAACUGCAUUGAAAUUUUACAACCUGCAGAUGGGUGCAUGCAAUGUGGGCGAGUUGGCUGCACCCACGGCAGCAAGAAAUACGAGGCAGGACAGUCUUUUCAGAGAGAUCAGUGCCAGGUUUGCCACUGUCCAAAUGGCGGUGGAAGGUUAACGUGUUCACCGAUCCCUGGCUGUGACCUUCGUAGGGCUAAUAAGCCCAUGGGCACAACCAUUGAAAACAACAACCCCGUGAGAGACAUUAGCGGUCGUCAUGGCGGCCAACAAUCGAGUGCAGUGGAACCUCUCUCCAAGCUGGAAAUGGGAAACUCUCUGCCACUGUAUAAGCAGGACCCACCCAGUUUUGGCACAGAGGAUUAUGACUACACACCGGUCGAGCCAACAUCUCCCACAAUCCAAGAUCUGGCCCCAGCGCUGGAGUCUACUACAGCACCACCAACUCCUCCAGAGUCAAGCUCCACUUCCUUCAGCUCGCACGACGACAGGAGACAUGAGACGAGAGGAAAACAGAGAAGCCCGACUCCAGCGAGCAGCGGAGAGGAUGAAGUCACACACAAGGUUGAUCCAACCGCGACCAAAAGAUCAACAUUGCUAACAGCCACAACCACACAGAGAGUGACCACAGAGAACCACAGGCUGCCACAGGAGGUUGGAGAGAGGACCAUUAGACAAAACAGAGUGGGGCAGGACACUUUAAAAGACACAGCGAACACCGUCCACGCUAACAAGGCGGGCAGGCACUUCGGACAUCACAAACGUAGUCAAGACAUUCACACCACAAAUCAUGGCGGACCCGCUUCUGCCGGUAAUAAGGGACAAGGACAAGCCCCAGUGGAACACCAGCAGGCGCUCGGCAGAGAGGAGCAGGGCUCAUACCCGACAGUCCAGUUCAGUCCCACCAGCAGGGCCCCGGUCCGGAUGAGAGAGGAUGACGAUCAGCCUCAGAGACAGGCGCAGACCCUCCACAACUACCAGACUCAGGAUGUUGGAGACUCACAAGUGUCUGCCAAAGAGCUGGUGAAGACCUGCUGUGAGACAGGGGAGAAAUGGGCUUCAGCUAAUGGUCACUGCAACAACAUGGAGCCACCUGCAGGAGACAGACACUCCAUCUGCUGGACUGCUCAACAACAAUGCUGCCGCAGCUCCCUGAGAGAGAGCCGGUGUUUGGCUGGAGUGAAUGCAGCGCGAGGAGGGAGUACGUGUGAAGAGGAGGCCGGCGAUAAAUGCACGAUCGAUUCCUAUAAAGAGUGCUGUGGCUGCUGUUCACUGGGGCUGCAGUUUCUCAGAGAGGGACAUCCCUGUGAAGCCCACCACUACCUGGGUCACCACUGCAGACACGUCUUUCUGAACUGCUGCAAGGGGGAGGAGCACACGGCCGGGAAUCAAGAUGGCCGGAACACUGUCCGAGAGAGGCCCACCCAAGUUUCCAGUCCGCCACCUAAAAAAGUAUCUGACAGCCCGUACCCCAAGGAGGCCUUCUCCAUCGGUGAGGAGAGGGAUGUGGAGAACGCAGUGGAGGGUCCUGUUGAGGUGGAGGACAUGGACGAGUGCCUGAUAUACCAAGGCAACAUCUGCCACCACAGAUGUGUCAACACGCCCGGCUCCUUCCGCUGCGAGUGCUUCCCUGGAUACGUGAUGCAAGAGGACGCUUUCACUUGUGCACAAGAAUCGGUGGACGAGGAGAACCGACUGAAGGAGGAUGACAGAGCAGCAGAGGAGCCCACCUCGCCACUUCCCUCGCCUCCCUCCCACGCCACCGUCCCAGUUGACCCCUGCGAAGGAAACAGCCCCUGUGAGCAACAGUGCACCCCAGUGGGCGGAAGGCCACAGUGCUCCUGCUCACCAGGAUUCUCCCUCAGGUCCGAUGGACGCUCCUGUGAAGAUAUAAACGAGUGUUUGUCCGUGCACGCCUGCCACCUGGAUGAGCUCUGCGUGAACACUGCAGGGAGUUACAUCUGUCAGAGACCGAUCACCUGUCCCCCGGGAUACCACGUCAACAAUGACAUAUGUGAAGAUAUCAACGAGUGUGAGCAGAGGAGCCACAGCUGUGGGUUUGGGUUUGAGUGUGUGAACACCGAGGGCUCGUUCAGGUGCAACCCCAAACCUCAGUGUCCGGUGGGCUUUACCCAUGAUGCACAGGGCAGCUGUACAGACCUUGAUGAGUGUGCUGCUGUGGCCCAGCCGUGCAGCCCAGCGUUCAACUGCAUCAACACAGCAGGAUCCUUCACGUGCCAGAGGAAGAUCAUAUGUAGCCGUGGUUAUCACGCCAGUCCCGAUGGAUCGCGAUGUGUUGACGUGGAUGAGUGUCAGAGCAGCCUGCAUCGAUGUGGAGAGGGCCAGCUGUGCCUCAAUCUGCCUGGUUCCUAUCGCUGUGAAUGUCAAACUGGCUACCAGUAUGACUCAUUCAGGAGGAUGUGUGUAGAUGUAAACGAGUGUUGGCGCUACCCGAGCCGUCUGUGUGCUCAGACCUGUGAGAACACCCCAGGCUCCUAUGAAUGCUCAUGUACCUCUGGCUUCCGCUUAUCCGGCGAUGGCAAGAGCUGUGAAGAUGUCAACGAGUGUUUGUCCAGCCCGUGCAGCCAGGAGUGUACCAACGUGUACGGCUCCUACCAGUGCUACUGCAGACAGGGCUACCACCUCAGGGAGGACGGACACAGCUGCGAAGACAUCGACGAGUGCUCCCAGAGCUUCGGCCACCUCUGCACCUACAAGUGCGUGAACGUCCCCGGCAGUUACCAGUGUGCCUGUCCAGAAUACGGCUACACCAUGUCUCCGAAUGGACGCUCCUGCCGAGAUAUCGAUGAGUGCACCACGGGGGCUAAUAACUGCUCGCUGGCUGAGACCUGCUACAACAUCCAGGGAGGAUACCGCUGCCUGGCCCUCAGCUGUCCACCCAACUACCGCAAAGUGUCCGACACGCGCUGUGAGCGGAUCAGCUGUCCCAACUACCUGGACUGUCAGAACUCGCCUCUGAGAAUCACCUACUACUACCUCAGCUUCCAGUCCAACAUCAUCAUCCCGGCGCAGAUCUUCCGCAUCGGCCCCUCGCCGGCCUACUCCGGAGACAACGUGAUCGUCUCCAUCACGCAGGGGAACGAGGAGAACUACUUCAGCACCAGGAAGCUGAACGCCUACACAGGGGCGGUGUACCUGCACCGGCAGGUCGAGGGUCCCAGGGACUUCCUGCUGAACGUGGAGAUGAAGCUGUGGAGACAGGGGACCUUCACCACUUUCCAGGCCAAGAUCUACGUUUUCAUCACGGCCAACCCGCUCUAACAGCUGGAGCGGAACAUGGACCUUACAGCUCACGAGGACUUUUCAUAUCACUGUUUGACAAUGUGCUGAGAUAGGCCCCUGUCUGUCCAGAUUAGUUUAAUCCUUCUUAUGUCCAGUUGAAACUUUGUUGUAGAGUUAUGUGAAUGUUAGUUUCCAUUUUCGCUGCAUAAAUACCUUGUGUUUCAUACUUGAACUAGAAAAAACAUUCAACUAAUUUACUUUCCUAAGAAAAGACAUUCCUUUUAUCAGCUUUAUCAAAACUGUAAUUCAAAAUAACACGUAUAGAGAUACAAGGAUAUUUAUGACACUGCAAGAAUGACAUUUGUUGCCAUUGUACUGAUGAUCUCACCCAAAUGUGAGUAAAACAUAAAACAGUAUUUUUCUGCUUCCGUCGUCCUGUUAUCAGAUGAUGAGAAGUUUAAAAACUAUUGUGAAACCAUGAGAAAUAGUUUUGUUUUAAUAACGGUGCCUGAAUGACGUCUGAUUUUAUCCUGCGCUGCUGUUUUGUCUUACUAAUUUAACGUCACUCUACAUGUUGUAUUUUUUUAUAUAUAUAUCCUGUAAUCACACACGUAAUAGAUGGAUGUAUCAUAUUUGUAAUGCUUUAUUUGUAAGGU